CUGACGGAGCAGCAUGUUCCCUCGAACCUAGGCAUCGGAUCCCUCCUAAAAUCCAGUUUUUCGUGGAAUUAUUUUCUCUACUAUUCUAUGAGGCACUGAUCGAAGACUAGGUUAAAUGAAAUCUUUGAAAAGGUACGUGCCUAAUGGAACUUUAAAUCUGCUACAUCGUUAUGGUAAAUAGAAUGGAAAUAGUUAUUGUGAUCUCUCUUUAAUGCACUGUGUAGGUUUAAUGUUUGUAUGAACAUUUACAGGAUACAUUAUACAUGUACAUACAUAUCCCGUGUUACAUUCAUGUCAAUCUCUUCCUUAUUCUAAUUUGGUUUUUGAGAGAUUUUUUUUACAAGGUAUCUGUGUACACGUAUUUUGUAAGUAUUUGCGAUUGAUAACAGAAAUUACGAAACAAGUAUUACAAUAUGACUUUUCAAACAUAUUUAUAUAUUUCCCCCUACAACUGCUCAUGGACCAAGUGCUAAAUCUGUGCAAAAAUGCCUUACAGCUUUACUGAACGCUGAAAAGGGAUUUGUGCACACAUCUACAAAGUACCUCUGUGUGUUUAAUCAUGUGCAUAUUAAAUGGCAUGACAAGACGUGCUUACAAGAGAUUCAACCGCACUGGACAGGACAUAUCUGGGACUGUCCCACUGAAUUCGGGACAGUUGGCAGGUAUGUAAAUAUAUAGCCACACAUAACGGCAUGCAAAUAAGAUUUGUCUGAGCAGCACAGUGGAGCCCUCGUCCCCUCUUUUCCUAAUCCUGCUGGAACCAGUGGCAUUUGUUGGCACUUUCUCAAUAAUAAAAAAUUAAUUUGAGGAUUCUAUCUCCGGCGAGCCGUAGAUAAUUUAGUAUCAGUCAGUCCAUUAUGGCAAUUGCCAGUUUGCCACCAUUUGUCUGGACACGUCAGGAAAAGCCUAUAAACACCUGGGAGAAUUUACAAGUGUUUAAUGUACACCUCACACACUGUGUAAUGCCUUUUAACAUUGCCUAACUGGAAAAGAUCUCAUCCAUAAAUCCCUUGUUUGCAGGUGAGCAGGGCUCGGCUCCUCCCUGGCAUUCAUAAAUGAUGAGCAAAGGAUGACAGGUUAAUGACUGAGUUUUGUCUGUCAUUAAAAUCUCAUUAAUGGCUGUAAACUGCACCAAGUGUUUUUUUAAACAGUUUUCGUUUUUUUAAAGGGACUCAAAGUUUUAUGUAUAGAACAAGCAUGGUGAUCCACUUUUCAGUUGUAGAAUUUGCUCAUUGACUCAUUUACAUUAAUAGAUAUAAAAUAGAGUCAAUUCUAAAACAUCUUCACCAGGCUUUUCCCAGAUUAAGAUUGGGAUUUACUGCACUGGGAAAGGCAAUGUCACUGUAAUAAAUUACUUAUUAUGGGCCGCAGCCUUAAACCUGACAAACACAAUGAGCCUCGCUCAGCCAACAGGACCAGACUGAAAGUUAAAGGGACACUAUAGUCACCUAAACAACUUUAGCUUAAUGAAGCAGUUUUGGUGUAUAGAACAUGCCCCUGCAGACUCACUGCUCAAUCCUCUGCCAUUUAGGAGUUAAAUCCCUUUGUUUAUGAAUCCUAGUCACACCUCCCUGCAUGUGACUUGCAGAGCCUCCCAUAAACACUUCCUGUAAAGAGAGCCCUAUUUAGGCUUUCUUUAUUGCAAGUUCUGUUUAAUUAAGAUUUUCUUAUCCCCUGCUAUGUUAAUAGCUUGCUAGACCCUGCAAGAGCCUCCUGUAUGUGAUUAAAGUUCAAUUUAGAGAUUGAGAUACAAUUAUUUAAGGUAAAUUACAUCUGUUUGAAAGUGAAACCAGUUUUUUUUUUCAUGCAGGCUCUGUCAAUCAUAGCCAGGGGAGGUGUGGCUAGGGCUGCAUAAACAGAAACAAAGUGAUUUAACUCCUAAAUGACAGUGAAUUGAGCAGUGAAAUUGCAGGGGAAUGAUCUAUACACUAAAACUGCUUUAUUUAGCUAAAGUAAUUUAGGUGACUAUAGUGUUCCUUUAACCCCUUAAGGACGCAUGACGUGUGACACGUCAUGAUUCCCUUUUAUUCCAGAAGUUUGGACCUGGCGUCUAAAAUGAUAUUUGUGCACGCACCUUGCUGUCCCUUCAAAUGCCAAAUAGUUUGAGUCAGACAUAUGUAAAAAGAUUGGAUACAAUAUUCAACAGUGUCACUUUGUUUGAAAUUUAUCUUUUUAAGGUUAGAGGGGCUUUCUGGUCUCUAAUGGAGGUUUACUUAGUUUAAUGAUAAUGACGUUCAAUGUCCUCAUGCUUUGUACGAGGAAGUCUAACGUCUUUAAAUUUCAUGCAGCAAUGUGUUGAUUCAAUGCUUAUUUAUGGGGAAGCUUUAAUGUGCGCGUUGAGCACCGCACAUUAUUAUUGCCACAUGCGCGUUAGAUCUCACCAUCCCCAUGAUGUCACAGGAUGAGACCUAGCCAGAGUCGAGGUAUAUUCUACAACAUAUCAACAUUUGUCAUGAUAGCUCUCUGUAGCAGUAGUGCUUCCAUUGUUAAUUGUCUACAAUUCUGGACUUGCGAAGAACCCAUUAGAAUGACUGCACUAGGAAGAGGAGUUAAAUGGAAUCAUAUUUAUGGGAGCAUGCUGGACAGCUGAGACAGUUUCGUUCUGAGCUCACUGCAGAUGCUGUAAAGUCUGGGGAUAUUCACCAAAUACAUUAACUUUAACAGUGUAUAUAUUUUGAAUUCCACGUUCUGGGUCUCCUCUAACCUAAAAGUCCUUUAAAGUGUAAAAACAUUAGAAAAGUCCUGUUUACAAGAAUUGGAGGUGAAACAGGAAUAUUGUUCCCCAUUACAAAAUCUUUAACCCCCCAAAUUUUUACAUUAAAAAUAAAACAGUACCCAGAUUCUUCAAUUCUCAAAUAUGGCCCAAAAAAAUAGAAACAUUACAAUAAUAUAAAACAGCCCUGUGCACAAAGGCUAGCAAUCUAUCUGGCCUUUGUACAAUAUUCCCAUACAUGUAUAAAUGAUUCAAUGAAAAAAGAUUGUUGAUGACAGUGACACUUAGCCAAACCAAUCUGCAAUAUGGGAAAUAAAUCAUUAGAAAUGUGUGUACAGUCUGGCUUCCCCUACACCAUAAUGUAAAGUAAGUGGCACAGCAUGUAAUACCACUGGUACACCCAGCCUUGCUCCCAAUGUGUCUGCUAUUGCAUCAGGGUGCACUUACACCUGUCAGCCACUAGUGGCCAGCACAACGACCUGGCUGUAACUCCAGUUUGGGGUGUCCACGGCGCGCCUGAUGGAACAUAGUGUGUAUUAGUGCAAUGGGUGGCUAAUAUUAUGGAAUGAUAAGAUACUGGAGGUUAUUAAUGUGAUAGCUGUGAGUGAUAUUAUCUUGCCUGGGAGUUUAGAAAGGUAAGUCAGAGGUCCUCGCAGUAGGCAAAAAUCAAAGGCAGCUAAGCCAGGGCAGAUCGGGGUCCUUCGAUUUGACAAGGUGAGGGCGGAAGUAGGAAGAGAGAGGGAGAACAAAAUACACGUGGGUGAUGGGGGUGACGUCACUGUAGCGGAAGUGGCACCUGGAGAAGUCUGUAAGAGAGAUUGAGGUGAGAUCAGUGAGAACAUGAAUUAUAUUAAAUUAAUAUUAAUGUAUUAUGGCUAUAGGAAGGGGGUUAGUAGGAGUUUGGGGCACAUUAAAGGUGCAUUUAAUGAUAUUAGUCCACCAGCUGUCUGCCAGACUGAAUGGAUGACAGUAAAUUCUCCCAGUGGGGUUUAGACAGAGAUUAAUUAAACAUAUUGAGUCUGUCUGAGUUAAUAUCUAUUCCCUGCCUGAUAGUGAGAUGUACAAACAUAAGGGAGAGGGUGGCUAGGGCACAGCAUGGGGCAGAUUGGCUGAAUGGGAAGAGCAAGUUGAUGCAGUUUCCGGGUAGUUUAUUUAUUAUUCACUUAAGCGUCAAUCGGCGUGAAUUGAAAAUAUAACCAAUAAAUAGAGGAAUUUUAGAUAAUUGGUUUGUUUUCAGUUUUACUGGUUUGUCCUAAAAUUCUGAACACUCUGAAUUCCUGACAAUUCACGUUCGUGAUUAAAGCUGUCAGACUUGGCUUCAAACAAAUGAAACCGAAAGUAAACGCUUAGUAGGUGAGAUGGACUAUUGUGCGUGUGAGGCGUGCAGUGAGUAAGUAAUUGAGGAUGCCUAUGGUUGUUAAGUGAUGAGUUGAGAUGGGAGUGAUCAUGGUGGCUAUUUAGCUUUAAUGAGUUGGGAUACCUACCUGUCAUUUAUUCAGGGAAUUGAUGAUGUGGUUAGUAAAUUUGUGACAUUUUCAGAUGUGUAAUGAGAGAUUAUAGACAGUUGGCAAUAGAGAGAAGAAACUGUAAAGAAGUAUAGGAGACUACGGGAGCAGUGAGACAAUGUGAGUGCAUCUAAGAAAAGAUAUAUUUGGGAGAUGGAUCAGGGAUUGUGACCUUGCGUGAGGUUGUUGGUGAGUGAAUUAAAGGAAAAAGCUGUUUGCAUAUAAUGCAUCUUAAUACAGAUAUUUCUCACACUUACCUUUUCAGGUCUAUCUCUCGCCAUACUAUGGCAACUCUCUACCUUCCCUUGUCGUCGUCUUCUGACCCUCGCUGUCUCUUUGUGCGAAUCUCCUGUCAGUUCUCUACUCCCCCUCAUCCUGAACUGAAGGAGGUUGCCUCGGGGCCCCUUGGUGUUCCCCUUCCCUGCUUACAGACUCUCUCCUCUGGCUCAGUAUGGGGGUCCUGGGCUGUCUCUUACAUGCUGGCUCCAGACAUUCUCUCAGGAAACGGGGACCCAAGGAGCUGUGCUCUAAUCAAGCAGUGGGUGAACUAUGCAGAGACUGAAGUGUUGCCGGCAGCCUACGGAGAGGAGCACUCGCAGGUACUAAUCCCCAAAAUGACAUCAAGAAAUUUUAAUUCAGCAAUCUCUUCUGUCCCAAGAGAAAGUUGGCACAGGUUUCUUUAAGACCUUUCAAACUGAGAUGCUUCUUUAUUCUGCAGAUGAUUUCCUCUUUCUCUGUUUCAGGCGAAAGAUCGCUCUCGAUUAGAGUUCCAGAGAGUACUGGAAUUUCUGGACAGUCACCUAAAAGUGCGCACUUAUCUUGUGGGCGAAAGAGUCAGUCUUGCUGAUAUUGCUGUGUCGUGCUGUCUCAUACGACCUUACAGCAAGGUAUGUCUUCCAUUUUAGCCAUUAUAUUAAAGUAAUCCUAUCGAUUUUAUGAGGGGCAAACCAAUAUCUAGAUAGAUUCCUGUCUGUUAAUCCCAUCUCACCGGUUUGCUUUUUAUUCUGCUAUCCUGGACAAAAUGGUUCUCUGAUCUAGAAUAAAACACAGUGGGCAGUUUAAUAAAUAGUCCGGUAUAAAGCUGAUAUUCAGUAAACAAAAAGAGUUGGUUUUUUUGGCCUUUUUACACCACUUCAUAUUUCCACCAUAUUUUGCAACAGUUAAAAUAACUUUAAAAGAAAAAAUGGAUUCACUAGUUAGUCGGAGAGGAUUGGAUGCAAGAUGGGGAAUGUUAACUUGAAAACGAGAGAAAUCUCAAUGUUUCUUUCCUGGUAAAAUAUUUUAUAAAUAAAUGUUCUCUGCACAAGGGACAAGAAAUUAAUUAUUAAUAAUUAUAUUAGCUGUUAACUCUAUUAAUAAAAAAAUAUAUAUUUUUUUCUUUGUAAAAAUAACUCUCUUGUAACCUUAUUCUUUAGCCGCAAGUGUAUUCCAAAUUUGUCUUUUUUCUUAUUCCCUGACUUCUCAUAACAAAGUCCUCUCGUCCAGAUGUGGUCAAAGAAUAAUUUUAGAAUCCCAGUUAUUGUCGUCAUUUGCCAGGAAAUAUGUAUCUAUUCCUUUACGCUUCCUUUUUUUCUCUGUUUUUAUACGUUAGUUUGUUCAUUGCUCUGUGCUUUCUUUCUCUCUCCCAGGUCCUGCCUCCAUCCACAAGUCAGACAUUUCCCAAUCUCACCCGUUGGUUCUUGACCUGUUUAAACCAGCAGCAGUUUAAGGAGAUCCUGGGGGAGGUGAAGCUCUAUAGUGCUGGUGAGAUUACGCGCACGUUGCCGAAUACACUGCAGCCUCUUCCUGCACUGACCUCUGAUUGACCAAUGAUAGUCAACUACUGAGGGUAUCCGCUUCCAAUAACAACCUCUACUGGCUCUUCUUGGAACUGUGGGCUGGUUUGGGAUACUGUGAUGGUUUUUUUCUGGCCAACUUAGCAUUGAGUUGUCUUUUUUGUAGACUUUGACAACUUUUACUGCUGCCUUGUGUGGUCUACUGCUUCCAGGAUAUGAUGACGUUAUAUCCUGUCCAGUGCUCUGACUUUUCCGUGUGGAACUGCACCGGUUGGGUGAGGGAGUGGGAGAGUUGCUAUCCUUGAUAGGGAGUGGAGGAUACGGAGGAACUCUUACUAAGAGUGGGCAGUGUGUUAGGUAGAGACAAUGUCUUUCUCUGUGAGUUGGAGUGAAUGGACCUAUAAGGGAAGAAAAAGCCAUCCAGCUCUGCCUUUUUUCCCUAAAAUGUGUAAUUCACACAUUGAACCUUCCAUAUUGGUCUAUUGAAAAGGUCUGAAACUGAUAAAAAAACAAAAAACAAACUAUAGAUGUUAUAAAAAGUGCUAGAGUUAAAUCCUUUCUUUUUGGUCUGCGAUGGCCAAUCUGAAUUCAUGUUUCCCAUCACUGUUAUGGGAGAUGUAGGGGAGAAAAUGAAAAAUGUAAUGCAGUGGACUAAACAGUAACGACUGCCUUUUAACAAUUCUGACUUUUUAUCCUGUAGACAACAAAGACUCUGCUGCUGCUGUUGCUACCUCGCCCAAUGCUCCCCCUGCCAAAACACCUGCUCAGUUAAAGAAAGAGUCUAAGAAGAAAGAGAAACUUGAGAAAUUUCAGCAGAAGCAAGACAAGAUAAAGGGACAGCAGACAGAGGUAAGGAGGUCCAUCAGAGUGCUGCGUCUUACUUCUGCCACCAUUCCAGUGUGCAGCCGUCUCUACUUUUUGAAUAUGAUUUUCUUUCCUUUGUUUUAUUCAAUGUUUAUCUUUCUCAUCAGCCAUUCUUUGUUCUUGCACAAUUACUUGCAGAAAAAGCCAAAAUUAGAAAAGAAAGAGAAGAAGGAGUUGGGAGUGAUUACGUAUGACAUUCCCACCCCUGCUGGUCAGAAGAAAGGUAAGAACAGAUUGAACGAGAUGGGCAGAUGACAGCAAUUUCAAUUUAAGCUUGGGAGAAUGUUAUUCCUUUAUAAAUCCUCUUUCCCUUCCUUUGUCUAGAUGUCACUGGUUCAAUGCCCGAUUCCUAUAGCCCUCAGUACGUAGAAGCUGCAUGGUAUUCAUGGUGGGAAAAGGAGGGAUUCUUCAAACCAGAAUAUGGGGUGAGUGUAUAGGGUCUACCUGCUCCUGACCUGUGGUUUUCAUCCUUUUCUGUACCAGGGGACAGUUAAAUGAGAAUGGAUUUGCAGAGGCACACCUAGUCCUGUUCUCAUGGGCUGUUGUAUUAGGCAUGAGAGAUAGUGUUUGUUAAACUAGUAGAACAAGCAUGUAAAGCUCAGUCUAGCACAGGCCACAUAAACAAGGUUUAAGUUUAUUUGGGCCGCAAAAAAAAACAACCUUACAUUUUCAUAGAAAUGUGUUUUUUUUGUGUGUGAAAAUUAGAGUAUUAAAAAAAAAAAAGCAACCCCCUCUACUAAAUCCCAGUACCCCCCUUCUACUAAAUCAGAGUACCCCCUCGUCUACUAAAUCAAAGUACCCCCUCGUCUACUAAAUCAAAGUACCCCCUCGUCUACUAAAUCAAAGUACCCCCUCGUCUACUAAAUCAAAGUACCCCCUCGUCUACUAAAUCAAAGUACCCCCCGUCUACUAAAUCCCAGUACCCCCCCGUCUACUAAAUCUCAGUACUAAAUCCCAGUACCCCCCACUACUAAAUCCCAGUACCCCCCCACUACUAAAUCCCAGUCCCCUCACCUACUAAAUCCCAGUCCCCUCCCCCUCUACUAAAUCCCAGCACCCCCUCUAGCCAACAAGCGACUCCACUCACAUUGUCGCUGCCAGUAUGCGACUUCGGAGUCCGAUCUCUGGUACAGCCCAAAUGGCGCUGUCCGCACCCUGUGCCAAAUCUGAUCCUCCCGCUACUUCUUGAACCCUGUGACGGUGGAGCAGGUUGAUGUCACGUCGGAAUGUGGCUUUGCUUGCCUCCAUGCACCUCCAGGUCCUUCACCGUCCAGUCGCAGCCAAUGCAACACUGACCAACACACGCACUCACUGACAGAACACACACACACGCACUCACUGACAGAACACACACACACUCACUGACUGACAGAACACACACACACUCACUGACUGACAGAACACACACACACUCACUGACUGACAGAACACACACACACUCACUGACUGACAGAACACACACACACUCACUGACAGACAGACACACACACUCACUGACAGACAGACACACACACUCACUGACAGACAGACACACACACUCACUGACAGACAGACACACACACUCACUGACAGACACAGACACAUUCUUGUACACACAUACUUUACUUUAUUGCUCCCUGCCUUUUGGAGCGGAUGUGGGGCAUCUCCCUAGGGUCCUUCUAUCUGCUCCCUCGCGCGGUAAAGUGAUGCUGUGUGCCGGAAUGCACGCGGCUUCACUACAGACGGCGCGGGAGCAGUGAGGAGCAGAACAUUGAGUUCCCUCGCUGGCCAUCCUUGCCGGCCAGGUAAGUUUUAGCAGAGUAGGCACCUGCAAUGUGGGGAAAGCAGGUGCCUACUCUGCUAUAACACCGAGCAUGUACUUGUGGCUCGCUGGGCUGCAAAAAUGCCCCUUGUGGGCCGCGAGUUUGACAUGCUUGUAGUAGGUUUACAUUUUUAUUUCAGUUUGAGUUGACUUGAUCCAACAUUUGACAACUUCUCCUGCUUGGCUUGUAACCUUACUGGUGAACCUAAAUGUCCAAAUUAAUUAUGUAAAAGUGAGUGGUUGCCCUUCUUGUUUUCCAGAGGAGCAGUAUCUCCGAACCAAGUCCUAAGGGCACCUUCAUGAUGUGUAUACCUCCUCCAAACGUGACUGGAUCUCUGCAUCUAGGACAUGCUCUUACUAAUGCCAUUCAGGACAGUUUAACCCGCUGGUGAGUUACUGUCAGACUGACCGGAGAAGCUGGUAAAAGGUUUGAUGCUUAUAGGGACCUUAUUGAGAAAUGGACUAUAGAAGGUAGCAGCUGGGCAUGGAAAGGGCAUUGAUGACUUGGUGUUGGAGUGGGAUCAAAACCUGGAGGAACUAGAAGCUCUAGAAUAAUGAGGAUCGAGCAGUUGGAAAGGAGAGGAAUAAACAUCAAAAGCAGGUAACUAACAAGAAGGAGAGGGUUCUGAAAGAGUUCAGGGUUACAGGAAAUGCAUAUAGAAGGGGAGAAGAGAUGAGGAUAUAGGAUGGCAUGGAUUUCAGGGGUGAUAAUUUUUUAUUUUCUUUUAACCAAUGAGCACGGUUGGAUGAUGUAAACAUAUAGUUAGGAUCUUCUAGCAGCCACUUGUCCUUCCGAGUGAUCUAAUAAACAAAUUGAGAGCUUCUGUUCACCUUCCAGGCACCGAAUGCGCGGUGAACUUACUCUGUGGAACCCUGGCUGUGACCACGCAGGUAUUGCCACCCAGGUAGUGGUGGAAAAGAAAUUAUGGAGAGAGAAACAGAAAACUCGCCAUGACCUGGGGAGAUCGGCAUUCAUCGACGAGGUCUGGAACUGGAAGAGAGAGUGAGUCUCACGCAGGGACCCCCUAACAUUGUCACUCUGUCACUAACCACUUCUAUGCCCUUGUUACAGUAUGUGCCUUUAAAGGAGUAGUGACUCAUUAUUUAACUUAUUUUUCAUCAUUUUAAUCAUUGAACCUUUUCUGUAGUGCUAACUUCGUAGAUAAGUGAACCUUUCCAGUUAGGGAAAAACCUUGUCCCUGGGUCCCCGGGAACCCCCUUAUCUAUCCAGACAUUAAGUAAAUAGAUAGGGGCAGGACCUGUAUGGCAUUUUACACAGAAACCCCAUACAAAACCUUUGUAAUAAUACAAAUACUAAUAUUACACUAACACAUACUUACGUACUUUUGUUUUUUAGUUUUUACAUUACUAAUGCAGGAGAGCCAGAAGUUCCUAAUCUGCACCUUCCACUAGAUCUCCUGAGCUAAGCCCUUUCACCUGAUCACUCUCAGCUAAUGUUUUAUCCCUGCCUUGUAGGGCUUGGCACGGAAAAGCUAAGGGAAGUUCCUGCUUGGGAACUUCUGGGUCUCUAGCGUUAGUAGUGGAGGCAGGGAGCGGCGCUCAGUGGAUAACCGUUCAAAAUAAUUUUAUCUACAUAGAAUGGGGGGGGACGGGAAUUCCAGGACACCCUGUACAGGGAGCUGUGGUGGUUAUGGUGCUUCGAGUGUUCCUUUAAGGACUAGAUUGUAGUGAAAUCACGGGAUUUCAUCCUUAAAUAAUGGGUGUCUGUAUUUAUCAUUCUUUGUGUAACGGACUGUCUCGUUCCUCUCAUUGCGUAACUUUUUUCUUCCACCAGGAAGGGAGAUCGGAUCUAUCACCAGCUCAGGAUAUUGGGCAGUUCCUUGGACUGGGACAGAGCCUGUUUCACCAUGGACCCAGUGAGCAUCUGUCUAUUUCCCUGUGUCUGUUUCUGUCUCUCUGCCUCUGUUUCCUUAUAAUUUCAUGCAUUUUCCUCUUCUCAGAAACUCUCGUAUGCAGUCCAGGAGGCCUUUGUCCGCUUGCAUGAUGAUGGGGUGAUUUAUCGCAGCAAGCGCCUCGUUAACUGGUCCUGCACUCUCAACUCUGCUAUUUCAGACAUUGAGGUAGGAGAAUGACCACAUGCAACCAGUAUUUAACAUGGGUAGGAAUGGGGAAACAUUGGAGGAUGAUGAGGGGUAGAUGGGGGAUAUUGAAUAGGAGAAGGGAAAUAUUUUGUGCAUUAGAUAAAACGUGGAUGCGGUUUCUUCACCGGUUUUGGAUUUGUGGAACGUUGACAAGGGAAUUGCAAAAGUAUCUCAGCCAGAAUACAUAUCUGAUCUAGAGAAUCUUUAGUUUGGCUAUGUUGUCCUGAUUUAUUCAGUUGCAUUGUCCGUUAUUUGCAAUUCCCAGUAUAGUAAAUAAAAAAAUGGCGAAAAGUGAAAUAAAGUCUCUUGUAUUCUAGGUGGACAAGAAGGAAUUGAGUGGGCGUACUCUGCUCCCUGUGCCCGGGUACAAAGAGGGAGUGGAGUUUGGAGUUCUGGUGUCAUUUGCUUACAAAGUGCAGGGAACAGGUAAUACUCAACGCACGUAUUUUUUACAGCCCAUCGUUUCCCUUGAUGGCUGCUUGCCAUCAGUUCUGCCCUCUGUCACCAUCUGCCCAUUUUGCUUUGCUCCCCAGCCACCCUUACCUUUUUGGCUCACUUGCCGGGUGGUUCUGCUAUUUGCCACUCUUCCCAUCAGUUAGUCUUCUCUUUUAUUCUUACCAGACGAGGAAGUUGUCGUGGCAACAACCAGAGUGGAGACGAUGCUGGGAGAUACGGCUGUGGCUGUACAUCCCCAAGACCAGAGGUACCAGGUGAGUUCACUUUCCAAUUUACAGAUUUAUUGGAGAAUGGAUUGCCAGAAGAUCUGUGGCAGGGAAAUAGUUAAAGAACCACUAUAGUUUUCCUGGCACUAUAGUGCCCUGAGGGUGCCCCCACCCUCAGGGACCCCCUCCCACCAGGCUCUCAGGAAGGGGUUAAACUUACCUCUUUCUCCAGCACCGGGGGGAGCUCUUGUCCUCCUCUUCGGCUGAAUGCGCAUGCGCGGCAGGAGCCGCGCGCGCAUUCAGCCAGUCCAUAGGAAAGCAUUCACAAUGCUUUCCUAUGGACGCUGGCCUCUUCUCACUGUGAAAAUCACAGUGAGAAGCACGCAAGCGCCUCUAGCGGCUGUCAAUGAGACAGCCACUAGAGGCUUUGGAGGAUGGAUUAACCCUAUUAUAAACAUAGCAGUUUCUCUGAAACUGCUAUGUUUAUAGAAAAAAGGGUUAACCCUAGCUGGACCUGGCACCCAGACCACCUCAUUAAGCUGAAGUGGUCUGGGUGCCUAGAGUGGUCCUUUAAGAAUCCUGUGAUACUUUAAUCUCUCUCUCUCCAUCCUGUCUGUAGCAUUUAAAGGGGAAGUAUGUGGUGCAUCCCUUUGCCUCCCGGCUGCUGCCUAUUGUGUUUGAUGAAUUUGUGGACAUGAGCUUCGGGACAGGUAAAGAAUGAAGUCACGUCAGUGAAGGUGAAUCACUUUCUCUCAUUCCUUGGUUACCUUUUUAUAGUCUGUUUUAAUACCCCUUGUAGGCGCAGUGAAGAUUACCCCGGCACACGAUCAGACAGAUUAUGAAGUAGGAAUGCGCCAUUCUCUGGACUUCGUUAACAUUAUGGAUGACAAUGGAAUUCUUAUCAAUGUACCACAACAGUUUAUGGUAAGAGGAGCUAACGGGAAUGAGCAUUAUCAAAAGAGUUUCUAAGUUUACUUAUUUAGAUAAGGGUUUAAUAUACUUCUAUCGGUGUAUCCUCACCGUCGUCUUAAUGUUUUAUUUAUUUUUCUUCAUAGGGAAUGAAGCGUUUUGAAGCAAGAAAAGCGGUUUUAGAUGCUUUGAAAGAAAAGGGUGUAUUUAAGGAGAUCAAAGAUAACCCCAUGGUCGUCCCAAUAUGCAGGUAACUACAUAAGGAGCUAUGAGACUGCCCCUCCCCUUGAAGAGACAGGGGUGCGUUAAGUCUGCCCCUCCCACUGAAGGGUAACAGAUGGGGCGCUAUUAGAGACACAAUGAUAGUCUUGCAGGUGACACAGAGGAGGAGGCGCUUCAGGUGUACUGUCCACAUACAGUUUGAAAUCAAUAUAUUUUGUUUUUCAGCCGUUCCAAGGACAUUGUGGAGCCCCUGCUGAAGCCUCAGUGGUAUGUCCGCUGCGAUGAGAUGGGAAAGAGAGCGGCUGAUGUUGUACGCAAUGGACAAUUGUCAAUCAAGCCAGAGUUCCACACCAAGACCUGGUUCAGCUGGAUGGACAACAUCAGGUGACCCAUUAAAAGCAAAGUUUAAAACGUGUCCUGGCCAUCAGCUUCUCCCUAUGCUUCAAUCAUAAUCUCUGAAAGCUUACUCCAUGCUUCUCAGAUCAUAUGGAAAAAAAUCUUCUCAUGUUAUUCAGUCAUUGUGUGUCGUCCUACCUGUAUCAUAUGUUGUGUGUCUCGUCCUCCCACGUCUCACACAUUUUGUGUCUCUUCUUACCCUGUCUCGUAGAUUGUGUGCAACUUCCUCACACGUCUCAUACGUUGUGUGUCUCUUCUUCGCACAUCUCAUAUAUUGUGUGUCUCUUCCUCCCACAUCUCAUACACAGUCUUUUUCCUCCUCAGAGAUUGGUGCAUUUCUCGGCAGCUCUGGUGGGGACAUCGCAUUCCAGCCUACUUUGUUACAGUCAGUGACCCGUCUGUUCCACCAGGAGAGGUAAGUGUGCGUUGAGGGAGGUCUUGAGAAAUGUUGCUCGGGGAUCAGAGAGGUGGUAAGCACUGGAGAAGUGGUGAGCGUGUUUCUUGGGGUAUCGGAGAGGUGGUGAGCAUGUUUCUUGUGGUAUUGGAAAGCUGGUGAGCGUGUUGCUUGGUGUAUCGGAGAGGUGGUAAAUGUGUUGCUUGAGGUAUCGGAGAGAUGGUGAGCGUGCUGCUUGGGAUAUCGGAGAGAUGGUGAGCGUGCUGCUUGGGAUAUCGGAUAGGUGGUGAGCGUGCUGCUUGGGAUAUCGGAUAGGUGGUGAGCGUGCUGCUUGGGAAAUCGGAUAGGUGGUGAGCGUGCUGCUUGGGAUAUCGGAUAGGUGGUGAGCGUGCUGCUUGGGAUAUCGGAUAGGUGGUGAGCGUGCUGCUUGGGGUGUCAGAGAGGUGGUGAGCAUGUUGCUUGGGAUGUCGGAGAGGUGGUGAGCGUGCUGCUCUGGGUAUCGGAGAGGUGGUGAGCGUGCUGCUUGGGGUAUCGAAGAGGUUAUGAUUAUAUGCUGGGCAUAUAAAUCAUCAGGUGUAUGAGGUCAUGUUGAGCUUAUUUUGCAUGAUGUAAGUUAUGAGUAUUCUGGAUGAAUUAGAAAUUAUGGUUCUGUAAAAGAAUCAUGCAGGGAGUUUAGUACCAGGGUCAGAUAGGGUUCACUGAUGGUGUAAUACAAGCUUAGGAGAGCGUUUACUGGUAACGUGUUGUAAUACAACAAUAAGAAUCUGACAUGGAUUGUGCUUUGUGUGUUUACAGGAUACAGAUGGCAAGUACUGGGUCAGCGGUCGGUCUGAAGAAGAAGCGAGAAACAAAGCUGCAAAACUGUUUAAUGUAGACCCAGCAAAAGUGUCUUUGCAGCAAGGUAAGUGGGGGGAGGGGGUGGGGGGUAGACCUCAAGCUUUAAUACCACGAAUUUUACGAAUUGUACUUUAAUUCAAUCUUUUUUUCUUUUUCAGAUGAAGAUGUUCUUGACACUUGGUUUUCAUCUGGAAUUUUCCCCUUCUCUAUUUUCGGGUGGCCCAACGAGGUGAUAAUCUCUUCUCUUUGUCCCUUCGUUAGAAAUGUAGCAAUUUCUAGGCUUUAUCUCACCCGUGUGGUUCUUUAGGGUGGGCUGUCUCUGCAGUAUGACCUUUUUCUUGUCUCUCCUGUUCAAGAGGAACCAAUGAGUUAAGUCCAGCACAAGGUAGCCUUUAGUUAUCCGUGAGCCCCUUUGUGUUUCUUCCUUGACAGCGUCGCUGUUCAUUUUAGUCAGGUAGGUUAACUGUUCGUGUAUGACACUAUUACAGAUAGGAAGUCCACAAAUUAAUCUCCUGAGCCAUGCAGCCUUGUGGAAACCAGAGCCAUACAGAGAAACAACUGAUCUGACAAAUAGGGCGUUAUCAUCCUGUCCCAUUUCCAAAAAUUAACCUGUAGGUGUCAGAGUUCCUAGAAAAUUAAAGUGACAAAUACGCUGUUGGAGUAUUUACUGGACUGAGAAGUGCAAUGGAGGCUAGUAUGAAGUGCACUUACCUCCAUAGCACUUUACUUGCCCAUCGUUGUGUGAUGGUGCUGAGGAUGUGAUCAUGUGUGUUUGAGAAUUGCUGUAUGAGUGCAUGUGUGAUUGGCAAUCCUUUAAUAGUGCAGAAGGUAUUGAUGGCACAUGGCGAAUACAUUAAUGUGCGUGGGAUUGUCUGGUUGUACCAGGACACUGUAACAUACAUUGUUGGUUUAAAUAAACAUUAAGGGUUUUAGGAAAAAAUUAAAUAUCGCACAAACCAUAUUGAAGUUUCAACUUGCUGUCUUGUGCAAACUUUAUUACUUUUAUAAUGCACGUCCUUGGUAUUGGAGUUGUGUCAUCCAGUGAAUGAGCAAGUAGCUCCGGUUCUGUAGACAGGGCAAUCAGUAGACACUGUUCCUUGGUUUCCAUGGAAUAUGUUAAACUGUUUUCCAAGUUUACCCAAGAAAUGCACUGUAUGCAUAACUCCGUUACAAUUAAAAAUGAAAACAAAUGAAAAGCCAAAAAUCUUCAUUAAUCCGUAAACUGGGGACUAUCAAAUAUUGCCGCAGAAAUUGCAAAUCUUAGACCAAAAAUAAGGAUGGAACAAUUACCAGUUUAGUGAAUUGACUGCCAGAGCAUUAUCUUACUCUAAUCUAUUUUUUUUUUUUCCCUCCCCUUCUCCUCCCCCCACCUCUAUACAUCACUUGAUGCACAGUAAUGUCUACACAAUUGUGUAUGAGUAAGGGUUCUGUACAGUCUGUAAUGCAUCAAGCUGUUUUUUGGCCAUUGUCUUUUAUGUACAAUUAAAAAAAAUAGUUUUUCUAGUCACUGACGUUUCUGCAAUUCCCUAUGUCCUAGUCAGAGGACCUGAACAUUUUCUAUCCCGGGACUCUCCUUGAGACGGGUCAUGAUAUUCUUUUCUUCUGGGUGGCUCGGAUGGUGAUGCUUGGUCUAACUCUAACUGAAAAACUGCCCUUCAAAGAGGUAUGGAUUCGCACACAUCCUUCAUUCACUCUUUUCAUAACUUCACUGACUGGUCUUCUAUUUUCUGUUCCCCACUAACAGUCAUGUUUGAACAUUUUUACUCCACUAUACUAUCAUGCUGGCUGUCUGUCGCUAAAUAUCCUUUACAUUUUAUUAAUUCUCUUGAAAUUCUACUCUAUUCUUUUUUUCUUUCAACUUUUGUUUUUGUCAUUCUCUUCUUCAUUCUUGUUCAGGUGUAUCUCCACGCCAUUGUUCGUGAUGCUCAUGGCCGUAAAAUGAGCAAAUCUCUGGGAAAUGUCAUCGAUCCGUUGGACGUGAUCAAUGGGAUUACUCUGGAGGUAAAAACAAAGUGGGUCUAGAGGAAGAACCUUGUCAUAGGGUUGAGGCUGCCUCAAUCUCUUGUUCUAAUGCUUGUUCUUACCAUCUCAUCUUCCUCUAUCCCAGGGUCUCCAUACUCAGCUUCAAGACAGUAACUUGGAUCCAGCAGAGCUGGAGAGAGCUAAGCAAGGACAGGUAGGCUAAUAUUGCUCAGUACUUUUACUCUCUGACCUGAUUACCAGAUUAUACUAAAUGUUUUAUUACCCCUUCCAGAAAUCAGACUACCCCAGCGGGAUCCCGGAGUGUGGGACGGAUGCGCUGAGAUUUGCUUUGUGUGCUUACACUAGUCAAGGUGAGUACGUUGGGGAGACCAGUGGUGACCAGAAGCUUUAAAACUCCCAUGCUGCUUUGUUAGCCUAGAGACUGGACAUUUUGACAUUCUCCCAAUUUCCCCAGUUCAAUAUCUUGUUCAACUGCCCUCUAGUUCUUUCCUUAUUUUUGUUUUGUCCUCCUAACCACUUUCCUCAAUGUUUCAGGUCGGGAUAUUAAUCUGGAUGUGAACAGAAUCCUUGGUUAUCGUCAUUUUUGCAACAAACUCUGGAAUGCUAUCAAGUUUGCCAUGAGGGGUCUGGGAGAGAACUUUGUCCCUCUUGAUUCUGCAAUGGUCAGUGACGUAGGAUUUCCCGUUAGUGAACUCAAUCAAAUGUUGCCCGUACAUUAUCUUUGCCCCUCUUUGACUGAUCAUUCACUCCCAUUGUAUAUACUUUGCAAAUAUAUCAUGGUUUCAUACGUUUGUGGCAAAGUGUCACCUCCAUGGACAAUGAACAGAUGUACCUGGGGUCUCCUCCUCUCACACAUGGGUGGGAUGGAUAAUUCCGUUCUCGGAUGUGUUGGAUUAUUGUUUUAACCAUUCUCCUUUUCUUGUAGUUCACUGGACAGGAGAGUCCUGUUGACCUUUGGAUCAUGAGCCGCCUCAGCUUUGCGGUGGAUUUGUGUAACACGGGAUUCCAGAAUUACGACUUUCCUGGAAUUACUACUGCCAUUUACAACUUCUGGCUCUAUGAGUUAUGUGAUGUCUACCUGGUGAGAUCUCAAUCUCCUCAUCUCUUAAACUAUUUCUAUAUACUGUUACCCCUUGUCUCUGUCUCUUCUUAUUCUCACUACAACACGACUCUGUCUUAUGUCCCCAGGAGUGUUUGAAACCCGUAUUUAGCGGUUCUGAUGAAGCAGCCAUAGCCAUAGCACGGUACACUUUAUACACGUGUCUAGAUGCUGGACUUCGUCUCCUCUCCCCCUUCAUGCCUUUCCUCACAGAAGAACUCUAUCAGCGCCUUCCUCGGCGUUCUCCAGGUCAAGCUCCCAGCAUCGUUGUUACUACCUACCCGGACACCACAGAGGUGGGUACCUUCUCUUGUAAUAGGACAUGUUUAGCUCGCUUUCUAUAAUUGGGACUAAGAUCCAGUUCUAUGCUCCUGAUAGUGUUAACAUGAGUAAUAAAUAACCCCUCUAUGCUACCUUCUUUUGGACUUCUUUGAACUAGUCUUUUUUCUUAAUACAGUAACCUUGACCUUGAGAAUCUGCUGAGAAGGUGCUUAAGCGAUUGGUCUUUAAACCGCAGAUAAUUCCAAAGUUUAUUGGAGGGAAUUACUUCCUUUCAAAAGAAACCACUGACAUUUCAAUGUACCUUGAGACUUCAUUAUCAUCUACGGAGAAAGGUCAAAGUUUGACGUGUCUGCGUCCCUAUACAUGCAUUCCUAUAUAUGCUGUACUGAUUCUCUGUAGAUCCGUGAAAGUACCUACAAAUAAACAGCGUCAGUGCCCAGAUCAAAGUGCCCUUUAAAAUUCAUUAAUGUAGAAAAACUCAAAAAUUGAUGGAAAAACAUAAUUAUAUUAUUUACUUUUUGGGAGGAAAAUCCAGAACAAGUGUGUCUUUAUAGUGCUGCUAAAUAUGAUGUCUUUGUAUAAAAUACACAAAGGAUAAUAAUGCACCCACGUAGAAGAAACUGUUUCAAACCUUUCAAGGCUACGUAGAAUCAAUUAUCUCAAGAAGAAACAUUUGGAAACUUUUCCAAUCUGAAAGUCUCUAUUUUCCAGAGCAAGUUCUGCAGGUUUUUUGUUACUUUGUUAAAAAGCAGGAAUUAAAUGCGUAAUCGUGAUACUCUAUUUAUUUAACAUAAUUCUUUUUGUGGUUUUUGGCUGAUGUGAUUCUAAAAUGGUAACGCUCAUUCUGCCAUUGUAGUUCGGCUGGCGAGAUGUUGAGGUAGAAAGGAAUAUGGAUCUUGCACUUCUUCUGGUGAAGUCAAUUCGGUCUCUCCGGGCGGAUUAUAAUCUCACCAAAACCAAGGCUGACUGUGAGUGUGGGCACACCAUGGAAAUAGCCAUUUUACUCACUAGACUGAGAUGCGUUUAAAAAAAUUGUAUGGGUUUCGUAAAUCUUUGUUUUAUUUAAUUAUUGUUUGUUUUAGUACCAAUACAAUAUUAACUGUUUGAGGACAAGUACUGGCCCACUCCCUGGCACUCUUACUGGACAUUUUUUUAUUAGAACAGGUAGCAGUUAAUUUUGGGAACUUGGUGGCAGGUGGCUUAAUUGUACAUGUUGGCAUGUUGUCGUCCAGUGUAUGGGGUUUAAUAUGGGUCUGGAAUAAUUAAUCUAAACUGAAUGAAGCUUAAUUGGUCAUUAAUGCUCUCGCUAUUUUUGGCCAGGUUACGUGAAAUGUCAGGACGAAGAAACCAGUGCCAUUGUAGCUGCUUAUUCAUCUUACAUCACUGUGCUGUCAUCAUCGCGGUCUCUAGUGCUCCUGACUGCUGUGGACCCUGCUCCAGCCGGGAGUGCUGUCAACACCGCAUCUGACAAAGCUACUGUCUACCUUAUUCUAAAGGUAAGUUCAGACGAGGUUCACCUGCAAAUCAGAAAUUGAUCCCGGCCCUCAAGGGUAGUGAAUGGCCGAUUUAAUAAAGAUCGGUGUAGCAAAUGCAGCAGCAACGUUUCGAUAUCCAAAGGUCUUUAUCAAGCACCGAGGUUGGUAUUUAAGAAGAGUUUACUUGCCUUUCAUCUCUAACACAAUAUCUUCCAGUCACUCAUUAGAAAUUGCUUAACUGCAGGACUAGCUUCCACACACCUGUAUACCCCAAAUCUCUACGUUUACUAGCUCCCCAAUGCUUCGCUUCUUACAGGGCUUGAUUGAUGUGGACAAGGAACUUGCCAAGCUGCAAGCAAAGAGGACGGAGCUGGGCCGACAGCUGGAACGGCUAAGGGAGAGGAUGGCGAGUGCGGAUUAUCGCACCAAGGUGCCCGCUGCUGUGCAGCAACAAGAUGCAGACAAGGUGGGCGUUAUUCAUACAAUAUAAACUGUCAAAAUAAAAUCCGGCAAAUGUCCACCACACUAUAUAAUGCCAGGUAAAAAAAAAAAAAAAAAAGAUUUCUUAUAAAAUGAUAAAGUGCUGAGACAUCUAAUGCAAACGCUCAUCGUGCAACAAAUCUCCAACUUAUUUCUAAAAGAUGUCCGCGCUGAUAAGGAUAUUUAAACAAAUAUAAUUCAUUGUAUAGCGUUCCCUGCUGGAUGUUUUAUAGUAAGGACACCUUCCAACAUAAGUGUUGGUUUAUAAACCUGGAGCCAUUGAUUUCAGCACAGACAUCUUUCAGGUAUUCUAUCGGUGAUAUUUCAUGCUUUUGGAGGUUAAGAAAUAAAGAAAUAACAGACAAUGUAUAGGAGAUGUCUACCUUUCCUGUACCUCUUAAGUCUCGUUCACUCCUUUGCCCUACGCACACCUUGUUCCCUCCUUUGCCCGCCUAUAUUUUUCUCUUUGUAUACUGCACAUUUCAUGUAUUGCUCCAUCUCUCAUUUCCUUUAUUGCCCCUUGUUGCAUUGACUCCUAUUGACCUCACAUCCCACAGUCUUGCUCUAAUUGCCCCCUCUCUUUUACCGUCAUGGUCCCUCUUUUGCCCCCCUAUAUUUUUCUCUUUGUAUACUGCACAUUUCAUUUCAUGUAUUGCUCCAUCUCUCAUUUCCUUUAUUGCCCCUUGUUGCAUUGACUCCUAUUGACCUCUCACCCCACAGUCUUGCUCCAAUUGCCCCCUCUCCUUUACGUUAUGCUCCCUCCUUUGCCCUGUCUCAGUCUAACUCAUGUCUUUCUGUAUCUCUACAGCUGAAACAAACAGAGACAGAGUUCCAGAAAGUGGAAGAAGCUACAGUGAACUUUCAGAAAAUGGUGUAAAGCAUUUUGUUCAUACUGUGGACUUUAAUUGAACACCUCCCGCAGCCCCUCCCAAACGCUGCUGUAUGAGGGUUUUUAUAGAAAACGUUAAAAAUCUGACACUUGAACUCGGCAUCGGAUUUAAUAAAACCUGUAGAAAACCAGAUACGGCUGUCGUAUGAUUAUUUCAGAGAAAAGAAGGGAAUUUGACGAGGGGGCUGCAGGUAAACGUCUAG